UAUAUAAUGAUAGGCAUGUGUUUGAAGCAACUACUCUGUGGACCUAUCAUAACUGGCACCGUGGUGGAAGAGAGAGGGUUUGUCUUCGAGGCUUCUAGGAAAACGGCUUUUAGAAUGAAUCGGAAUCAACGAAAAGAUACUGUUCGACAUUACUUUCCCUGUGGUUCAAAUGCAGAUGAGGCAAGUCGACGCCACAAUGAAGUAUUUCAUAUUCAUGCGGUUCAGUGCAGGAACAUCAAGUCAUUCGUUAACAAAUUCGAAAGAACGGGCUCUGUAAACGACGCAUCCAGAUCUGGACGACCCGCUACUGCAGCAUCUGAUGAAAAAGGUGAGCAGUUGGAAGAUAAUCUAAUCAACAGUCCGCAGAAAUCAUUUGUAGUAAAUACUGUUGCAUCAUUGUCUCAUUCGUAGUUA